AUGGGCCUAAGGGAUACUUACUAUCCAUUAGUCAUCUCUUCUUUGGUGAUUGAUGGCGUUGCCGUUGGCUUAAGGCUAUGGGCACGAAGCAUCAAGAAGGCCAUCGGUUUCGACGAUAUAGCUAUGAUAUUUUCUCUAGUCGGCUUCAUUAUCUUCUGCGCAAUGGAGCUUCAGGCAAUAAGAUACGGUAUUGGAGCAACAACGAUCGAACCCGACUUCGACCUUAUAAAAGCAGCCAUGUUCUUCACAACUGCGCAAAUCGUCUACAUUCUCACCACCGGCAUCUCGAAACUUGCCAUUGGACUAGUCCUAUUCCGACUCGCGAGCGGCGCCAAUAUGAGGAUAGUUCGAAUAGCUUUGGCGGUCUCAAUGAUUGCCGUGACGCUAUGGUGCUUAGUUACGGCCUUGAUAUUUGGCCUGCAAUGCCGUCCACUGUCUGUGGCCUGGGGCGUCGGGGAGGGCUCAUGCCUUCCUACAGCGGUUCUAGGAACCACUGGACUUGCACUAUCUGGUAUGGAUGUCACUAUCAGCUGGUUCUAUGCGCUUUUGCCUAUUUAUAUGCUAUACAAGACUCAGCUUCGCCUGAGGCUCAAGAUCAUAGUGAUGGUUCUACUCGGACUGGGUGCCGUGAGCUCCAUCGCAAUUAUCGUUCGUCUAAAAUAUCUCCUUGACUUGAGCCAGCUGUCAUUAGCCUCUGGUGGUCUCGCAACCCAGGAUGCUGUUGAAACAACACUUGAAGGAACCAUCUAUUCUAUACUCGAAAUCGGCUUAAGCAUCCUGGCUGCCUCAUUGACUGCCCUCCGGCCAUUGUUGAUGAGGAUCCCUUGCUUCAGCGACGUUUCUUCCAAUGAUACUCCUCGACCUAGUGCCUUUGGCUCAGGAAAUACGUUUGGGGACGACAACUACACUCGAGGACCCGCUUAUCGACUCGAAGACAUGUAUAUCUCGGACGCCGACAGCCAAGAAAUCAUUAUGCCUUCCCGGUUGACAGAUGCAUACUUUGGGCUUGAAUAG